UGGGGUCCAUAAGAGAACGUACUCACGGAUGAGCCAGUUCCUUCUUAUAUUUAUAUCUAUAUAAAAAUAUAUAAAUAUAUAUAUAUAUAUAUAUCUCAGAUUAAAUUCCAUUGUACUUAAAUUUAUAUAAUACCUGUUUUAUUUCAUAUAAUAUAAAUAUCUAUUGUCCGUAAGUUUUGUCACAGCUAAAGUUGAAUGAUUUUAAAGCCUCUGUUCUCAGAACUCAAUACUUGGUACAGUAAUAUAACUUUUGCAACUUGUAUUUUAGAUUUUAUAUUAGCAGUAUAGUCUCUUCUUAACUUAGUAACUUAACCAUACCCUACAACUUUUAAAUACUCACCCCAAGUCUUUAAAAGUUUCGAGUUUAAAUUAAAGCUACCGGUUGUAAACAAUCUUUUAAAUUAUUUGGGUUUCCAACAGAGUAAAUACAGAGUAGAGAGUUUUAAAAAGUAUAUACAUUUAAUAGGAGAUAUAUAUUAAGUAAAAGUAAAAUAGUGAUCAGUGUAACGUGUGUUAAUAGUAUUGAGAUUUAAUAUUGAGUGUGAUACAAAUAUACAAUUAAAAGGUGUAGAGGUAGGAGUAAAAAGUCUCGUGGGUGUGGAUGCGCAUUGGAUGCGGGAUUUGAGUUGUGUAUAAGCCAGCAAGUAACUUCCAACGGAACGGCGCCACUCGUUUCUGUUAUUGACAGCGGGCGCGCCGUCUCAUGCUGUUGCUGUUGUGUGUUAGAGCAGGAGUAGACCGCGAGGACUGAAGAGUAGAGUAGAAUACAGUGGAGUUGAGUUGAGUUGAAUUUAACGGAACUAAACUGAACAGAGUUGAGCCGGUCGAGGCCAACGAGCUACGAGGAUUUCCCUGCAGACGAGCUACGAACUAAACACUAAACCGUAGACUGCAGACAGUAGAGUUGCUUUUGCAUACUCGCGUGCAAGGUUAGGUCCUGGAACCUCAAAUGGUAUUCAUGAGGCUGCAUAAAUAAUUAUUAAUACGUGACGUUCGUGUUUAUUACUGGUGGUGUGUAUGUUAUAUUUUUUUAAAUUAUAUAUGUGUAUAUUUAUACAUUUGGUUAUUAAUUUAGUGUUUGUAUUCGAAGGUAUUUUUGGAUGACUUGUUAAUGGCGGGAAGUUUUUAUUUUUUUGUGGACAUGUGGCUGCUGUUCGACUACUGUCAAGUUCAGGAAAUAAAGAAAAAUUAAUCAAGACAGCAGAAGCAGAAGCAACAUAGGCAGCAGCAGUAGCUAGAGACUUCAUUUACUUUUAGACACUCAGUUUUUCCGUGAAAUUUAAUAACACUAUUGAUACAAUUAACCGGCAAGUGGGUGUGCAAAAAGUAUAAGAAGAAAAUCUUGAUAAAACGAGCGAUUCUUUUCUCGUAAAUCCAGUGGCGUAAAAAGUUGUUUAAAUAAAAAUAAUAAUGAUAAUACUGGAGCAAUUUAAGUGAAAAGAAAAAGGAAGAAAGUGGUGAAGAAAAUAAAAUUAAAAAAAAUAAAAUCUCAUUACACUGUCGGCAUCUUUUCAGUGGAACUUUUCCAGGAAAGACGAAUGCAUCGUUUUUCUUACUCCAGUACUCGGAUUUUUUUAGUUGCCAUCCAAGGACUCAGUAGGCAGAGACGUCGCCGUAGAGUGAAUCGCGAUAAGUAUCCACGACACGUCGCGGUCGCUUCUGACGUCCGUGCAAGACGAAAUUGGUCGUCUACGUAAAACCAUCGGACAGUCUCGAAUUUUUCAUUUUUCACUGCUCUACAAUUUUCCUCCUAUUCUUUUCUGUAUGUACAUAUAUAUAUAAAGUUAUAUAGCUACGUACUUUACUACAGAACGAGAUUUUCUCAGCAAUCUUUUCACAAUAUCCUCUUGUUGGGAAGAUCUACAGUCUCUUGAGCACUAGAAAUCUUGGCGAACUGACCAAGUAAUCUGGCGCAGAUAACAACAUGUGAAUUGUGUAUUUCGAGAUACUAUCAACAUGAAGUCCUGAAACAAGUUGUUGAAAUUCUGAAUGGUUAAAUUCAAAUACGACUUUAAAAAUGCCUUGAUUCGGAAUAAAAUAAAAAUCAAAAACAUUUAAAAUAAAAAAACGGAAGUUUAAAAAGUGAAAACAAUAAUAUUUGUUCUUGUGUUGCUUUGAAAGAAAGUACAAUAAUUCAAAUAUGUACAAACUUUUUCGGCGUGGCUCCGGCCGCAUGUUGAUAUUGUGCGUGGUCAUACUGUCACUGCUGGUGUGUUUGUACUACGUAAGUCAGAUACAGGCGCCGUCAACGGGUCAAGCGCCAGCGCUUCUUGCAGCACCUGUGGGUGUUAGAUACGAGCAACGGUCACCCCUCACUACCCUUGUACCUGACUACAGUGAACAGCCUGACGCGAGAGUUUCAACGUCCAAUUGUCCGCUGACACAGCCUCGAAAUGCUGACAUUGACACCCUCACUGAAUUUGCUAAAUUUGAUUUCCAGCCCUCGUGGAUGAGAAGUCGAGAAUACUGGGAUGACAGUUUUGAAGCACGGUAUGCAGAACUUCGUAAAGACCCGACAAGGCCACCGCUCAAGGUGAUACUGAUGCCACACAGCCACACUGAUCCCGGGUGGCUCAAAACUUUUGAACAAUAUUUUCACAGCUCAACACGUGGUAUUCUCAAUAACAUGGUUACGAAAUUGCAGCAGUGGCCCAACAUGACAUUUAUCUGGAGUGAAGUUUCGUUUUUAUCAUUAUGGUGGGAAAGUGCUCAUCCGACUAAAAAAGCGGUGGUAAAACGUCUCGUGAAGGAGGGUCGCCUCGAAAUGACCACCGGAGGCUGGGUGAUGACGGAUGAGGCCACGUCCCAUAUCUACGCGAUGCUCGACCAGCUUAUAGAAGGUCAUCAAUGGUUGAAAUCUAAUCUCGGAGUAUCGCCGCAGUCGGGCUGGUCAGUGGAUCCAUUUGGACAUGGCGGUGCUUUGCCGUACUUACUGAAAGCCUCGGGUGUAUCUGGUACAAUAAUCCAGCGGAUUCACUACGCGUGGAAGCAGUGGUUUGCCAAGAAACAGUACGGUGACUUUAUCUGGUUACAACCCUGGGAUCAGAUAGGAGCCUACGACAUGUUAACUCACAAUCAGCCCUUCGAUAUUUACAACAUCAAGCACUCAUGUGGUCCCCAUCCUCACGUAUGCUUGAACUUUGACUUUAGGAAGAUCCGUGGUGAGUAUACCGAGUACUCAGUACGUGCUGUUGACAUAACCCCCAAUAAUGUCAAGCAGAUGGCUGAAUUACUGCUCGAACAGUACUCGAGAACUGGUUCACUGUUUUCACAUAACGUCGUUCUAAUGCCACUUGGAGAUGACUUCCGGUACGAUCAUCCUAUCGAGUGGGAUCAGCAGUACACCAAUUACAAAAUUCUCGUUGAUUACAUAAACAGCCGAAAAGAUGAAUACAAUGCAGAAAUUAUUUUCGGUACACCGAAAGACUAUUUCAGAGAAAUUGAAAAACGGAUGCAAAAAUUUCCCACACUCAAGGGAGAUUUUUUCGUCUACUCAGACAUUUUCAGUGAGGGUCGACCCGCUUACUGGAGCGGCUACUUUACGACAAGACCUUAUAUGAAGAUCCUAGACCGCGAACUUGAGGCAAAUUUACGGUCUGCUGAAAUAUUGUACACGGUCGCGCUUAAUGUGGCACGACAAAGUGGCAACGAUAUUAAAUUAUACGAGACAUAUUUUGAGAAACUCGUAAAAGCUCGACGUAAUCUCGGGUUAUUUCAACAUCAUGACGCAAUAACCGGUACAUCUAAAUCAUUUGUUAUGAAGGACUAUGCAUUAAAAUUAUUUGAGUCUAUAUCAGACAUGACAAAUGUACAGAGUUUUGCGAUACAAUCCUUGACUGCAACCACAUCCAAAAGUAAUAUUAUUUACGUCUUGCCAGAAAGUGAUCGCGAUAGCUUUGAAAAACUUCCGAAAAAGAUACCGAUAAUAAUCAACGGCCGUGAAUCAAAGAAAGUCAUCUUGUUUAAUCCGUUAGCUCAGCCACGGCAAGAAGUUGUCAGCAUUAAAGUUAACUCUCAUAAAGUUCGCGUACUAGAUCCGUCGAAAAAUCCCGUUCCGUACCAGAUAGCGCCGGUUAUGAACGCAACAAGUAUAACCCACGACGUAUAUGUUUUACUAUUUGUAGUGGACCUAAAACCUCUGGCAAUAGCGACUUAUCAUGUUGAGCCAAUAGAUAAAGUGCCCACUGAAUCGCUGUCAACUGUCUACUGCAAUAGAUGCGGCAAAGACAAUAUAUUUCCUAUAAAAUCAAUGCCCUCAAGUGACAUACAGUUAGAAAAUCAUCGUAUGAAAUUGUUAAUUGACGGGCAAACUGGUUUGUUAAAACGUGUUACUAAAAAAUCAACCGGUAAAGUAACACAAUGUACAAUACAAUUUGCAGCAUAUGCAUCCGCUCAAUUUCACAGUGGAGCAUAUUUAUUCAUGCCGGAUCCAAAUUUACGUGAUACUGACAAAGAUAUUUUGGAAGCAUACACGCCGCAUCAAAAAAUUUACAUCAUAUCGAGUAGUUUGAGUUCACGGCUAACUGUCGAGUACGGAAAAUUAUUGACGCAUCAUAUAACAAUAUUUCAUCACGAUGGCCCGCUGGCAGAGGCCAUACACAUCAGAAAUGUUGUUGAUUUUGAAACUCCACCUAAAAAUCGUGAAACCGAAAUGUUUAUGCGAAUACAGACGGAUUUGGUGAAUGGUGAUCCUCCGGAGUUUUACACGGAUGUAAAUGGCCAUCAGAUGUUGAAGAGAACCAAAAUAGAACGAAUUGGAAUCGAGGGUAAUUAUUAUCCGAUAACGACAAUGGCUUAUAUUGAAGACAGUACUCAGAGAUUGACUUUGUUAGUAAACCACGCGCAAGGUGCAGCCAGUUAUCAGCCAGGAUGGCUUGAAGUUAUGCUGGAACGCAGAACUUUGUAUGAUGAUUCACGGGGAAUGGGGGAAGGUUUGCUAGAUAACCGUAAAACGGUAUUGAAAUACUGGUUACUACUUGAAGAUAUAACUGGUGAUAAAGACGAAUACUCAAAGCCUUCGUUGUUUGCGAAUCAUAUAAGUAACUUUCUUAAUUAUCCUAUAAAUAUAUUUAUUGUUGAUAAAACUGAAAGUGAUGUGAUUAUUAAGUCUGAAGUUCAGUUAAUAAGUAAAAGUUUACCGUGUGAUUUACACCUGCUUAAUUUAAGAACUAAUCAUGAUCAAAAGCUCCCACAUUUUCCGGUGAGCAGUGCACUGAUGGUGUUACACAGACAGGGUUACAGUUGUUCUGUUGGUGCAGACAUUACUUUAAAACAUUGUCCGCUGAGUGAUAAACCUCAUCCAGCAACUAAUUUUUAUAAAUUAAACCGCGCUAACAUAACGCGCAUGUCAUUGACGGGUACUUUUGUGAAAAAGUAUUUGAAGGAUGGCUUCAAAAGUAUUAAUCCAAUGCCGAUGGAAAUAGAAACUUACAAUGUACAUUUUUUACAGUGACCAGGUAGUUAGUAUUGAUAAUUUUUUUUUUUUAUUUAUAAUUAUUUAUUUGAAAAAAAUAAUUAUAGAAAAAAUUAUAUUGAGCGGUGGCGACAAUAUUUUAUUGACAAGUGAAAGCUUUUUCUGCUGAGGUAUAGAAUAAAUAUUUGAUUAAUUAGUCGAUAAAUUAAAAUUUUUAAUUGAUAUUUUAAUGACAGAUUGAGGAUUUCUUACUAUAAAUAAGAUUAUUUUAUUACUUUAUUGUAUCUCAAUAUUUCCAAUGACUUUGAAGUUCCAUUUUACCUCACAUAUAAAUUAUGACUUACGAUUUAUUAUUAAUUUGUUUAGCUAAAUGGUUUACAUUAAGAUUUCUUUUGAGUAUUAACUUUUUAUUUAUCUACGUAUGAAUAGCGCUCUCUCAUGUGCAUACGGAAAUAAUGGUAAUGAUAAUGAUAAUAAUAAUAAUAAUUAUAAUAUUAAUAAUAAUAAUGAGAUUAUGAUUAUUGUAAUAUUGUAAAAUUGGUUUAAUUUAUUUAUAAUAGUGACGACGUUCACAAUGUUCUUCCAAUUCUUGAGUGGAUGAGAAGGACCUUUUGUAAAGUGUAUUUUCAAAAGGAUAUAAUAUAUAAAUAUAUAAACAUAUACUAUAUUAUAUAUAAAAAUUGUAAAUAGUAGAACUAAUUGAAUGACAAAGAAUUUUUUUAUGACUGGAAAAAAUAUUAAUUUUUUUUGUGCAAUUUAUAUAUAAAUAUAUAUGAGUCAUAUUUUGAAUUAGUUGGAAAUUGUAAUGAAAAGAUGAGCAAUAAUUAUAAAUAAGUAAAUUAAUAAAUAUAAAUAUUUAAUGAAAUCGUUAAACCAAAAAAAAAAACGUUCUUUUUUUGAUAUUUUAGUAUUUAUAUUUUUUUGGUAUUUUACUGCAAAUUACGAUAUUCUGCGGUAAGUUACAAUAUUUUGCAGUAAACUACGGUAUUUUAUGGUACAAGUGCGGUAAUUUACUGCAAAUGUACAGUCACCUUGCGGUAUUUCGCCGUAAAGUGAAGUAUUUCACUGUGUUACGAUAAUAAUGCCAGGAAUUGCGGUAAAUUGCAGUAACUUACUAUAUUCUACUCAAAAUUUUCGAAUUUUUACCGCAAACUACUGUAAAAUACCGCAAAUUUGCCGCUGAGUAAUUGUGUAUAAAUCUAUAAAAAUAUAAAUUUUGAAAGGAAAAACGAACAAAACAUAAAAUAAUUUACUCAGUCUAAUAAAUUGAGCGUAAAAAAUCGAUAACAAAUCAUAAUAACGCCAAAGUAUUCAUGAUUUAAAUAUUGAGGUUAUAUAUGAUGUCAUAUAUUCAUAACCUCACAUACAUUCGAAAAUAUUCGGCAUAAUAGUUAAUUCAUAAGUAAUAUAUUUAUUAGACAUAAAUUUGAGCUGGUUUAAUUCAAAAUUAAUGAACAAAAAAAAAAUUGAUAUUUCUCAUCUUUUCAAUUUUCCAAAUAUUGAAUAAAUUUUUUUUGUGUUUUAUAUAAAAUCGUAGACGUGAUAAUCAAAUGAAAAAUUAUAUUGAUUGACAGUUGGUAUAACUGAAUUAUUGAGCAAACAAAUAUGACAUUGUUAUAUAAAUAACAUGGAUACAAUAAAAAUGAAAAUACAUAAAUAUAUAUGUAUAUAUUAAUGUGUAUAUGUAUUCAAUGAACACGGUAGCUGUAAAGUUAUCAAAGAUAUAGAUUCUUGACAUAAAAAUUCAUUGGAUCACUCGUUCGGUGUGUAAACGAGUAUAUUGUACAUGAAAAUAAUAAUAAAAAAUCUAAAACAAAAAUCAUAAAUGCAGCUCGUGAAAUACAUGAACUGAAACUAAAAAGUUAUCAACUAUUCAGUCGAGAGAUAGUGUGUGUAUACUGUCGGAUUGAACAUUGAUUUGAAUCACUGGUGAUGUAUUUUCACAAACUUUAUUAACAGGAUUUUAUUUACAUCACUCUUCUAUCGCACUUCACUAUCAAUUCAUGUUUAUAUUUAUUAUUAUUACCGCGACAAACUUUUCUUUUUAUCGUUAAAAAAAAAAAAAAUAAAAGAAUGAUAAAAUUGGCGCGAACGCUUUAAUCUAGAACAAUCUUUGUAAUAAUGUAAUGUAAAAAAAAUUUCUAUGCUCUUUAGAGAAAAAAGUAAAAGAAAAAGUAAAUAAUAAGUCUGAAAGAAAGAAUGAAUCAGAGAAAUAUAUUAAUAGUUAUAAAUUAUAUAGAAAUAUAUAAUGUAAA